AUGCAAAAUAAAGUUCAGAAUAAUACUUGUUCACAUCUAACAUGUUCUACAGAUGCAGACAUCUCGAAAAUUACUAAAGUGUCAGUAAUAAUUUCUAUUUUCAUGAUAAUCGAAUUUUGGGGACACUACAGAACUAACAGUUUAUCACUGUUAGCAGACUCGCUACAUUUGUUGGUUGAUAUUUUUGGAUUCGGCGUAAGUUUAUUUUCCCUUUAUUGGUCGAAAAAAUCUUCUAAUUCUCGCAUGACUUUUGGAUACCAUAGAAUAGAAAUAAUAGGUUCACUUUUCUCUAUAGGCUUAAUAUGGGUGGCUGUAGCUUAUUUAAUAUUUGAAUCAAUACAUAAAAUUAUACAUCCAAAAGAAAUAGACGGGGGAAUGUUUUUUGGAAUAGCGGUUGUCGGAUUUUUCGUUAAUCUACUGGCUAUUUAUGUUUUACAUUACGACGAUUAUUCGCACCAGUUAAAACACAAAAACUUAAAUAUAAGAGCUGCUUAUAUACACAUUAUUGGGGACUUAAUACAAUCAGUUGGUGUCAUUAUUGCAGGCAUUUUUACUUUUUUUUAUCCUGGAAAAAUUAUCUUUGACGUUUUGUGUACUAUUUCAUUUUCUAUUAUUGUGUUAGGAUCUACAUUUUUUGUAAUAAAAGACGGGUUUUAUAUUUUAGCAGAAGGUGCACCGAAAAAUAUUUCAGUCGACGAAAUUAAAGGUGAUAUACUUGAACUUGAUAAUGUUUAUAAAGUGUUAGAAAUUUAUACAUGGACACUCUCUACAAAUUGUAAUGCUGUAAUGAUAACAGUUAUGGCUGAUGAUUUACUAAUUAGUGAUUAUGAACAAUUGUUGCGAACGAUAAGGAAAAUUUUGAGUGAAAAAUAUGAUUUCGGUGUUAUUAAUAUUCAGAUAGAUACUCCUUGUUCUCACUACGGUACUGAUGGAUUUUUAGUUGAUGGUACAUGUAUAGAUGUACAAAAGACGCUGUUUAAUAAUGACAGCUAUAUACAACAAUAA